AUGACAGCGGUCGGUAGUGGCCGACUCGAUCCGAGCAGAUACGAAGACACCGACCGAUUGCUUUCCGUUUCAGAUACGAGCGGGGAAGCCGCAACGUCACUGCUUUGCUCAAGAGCGCAGGAAAUAGAGGCUAUGAACCUGAUAUAUGACAAGCUGGUUGGGGACACUACCUCUUCUAGCUCUUCUCAGACACCACCGACAUCGCCAAGAUCUCAGCACCUUCGACGUCAGCACGGAAGACAUCCUCAUGGACCGGAUCUUCAGCGUAUUCGACUCCGGAUCGGACGGCCUCGUGAAGAAGGACGAAUGGCUGAUAGGGACCUCCGUCUUCCUGAAGGGGACGCUGGAGGAGAAGACAGCGUACACUUUCGCAGUCUACGACCUCAACAGCGACGGGUUCAUCGUCCGGGAGGAGAUGUUCACGCUCCUCAGGAACAGCUUGGUGAAGCAGCCGCAGGAGGAGGACCCGGAGGAGGGCGUGAAGGACCUGGUGGAGCUGGUCCUCCGCAAGCUGGACCAGGACAAGGACGGCAAGGUCUCCUUCAGCGACUUCAGGCAGGCAGUCCUCCAGGAGCCGCUCUUCUUGGAGGCCUUCGGCCAGUGCCUGCCCAGCGAGCCGGCGGCCGCCGCCUUCCUGGCCACUCUGUCCUGAGCUAAGAAGCUAAGAGGUCCUUAGCUUGGGGCCAGCUCGACUGUAGUCGUUUCGACCAUCAUAAAGCAAUGUUAAUUCUCU